GUCGCCCGUCCCUUCUCCACGACCCCAAUUUCCGCUGCGAAACAGCUGCCGCCGCGGCGCGUAAUCCCCGAAUCCGAGAUUGAAGAAAACUUCCUCAAGGGCAGCGGGCCGGGCGGCCAGAAAAUCAACAAGACGUCUUCGGCCGUGCAGCUCAAGCAUCUCCCCACGGGCAUUGUGGUCAAAUGUCAGGACACGCGGAGUCGGAGCAUAAACAGGAAGACGGCGAGAAGGUUGCUUCAGGAUCGCAUUGAGGAGCUGGAGCUUGGGGAGGAUAGUCGGACGGCUGUUAAGGCGAGGGCGAAGAGCAGGAAGAAGGCGUCGGCCGAUAAGAAGAAGCGGAGGAAGUAUAGGCGGCUUGCUGGUGCCAAGGAGAGUGAGCAGGAAGAUGGCACAUUGGAGGGCGCUGAGGAUUUGGAAGAUGCUGAGGGUCAGGCUCAUGCGGGGUCCACAAGUGCU